AUGGCUAAGAAAGCGAUCGACUCCAGGAUCCCGUCUCUCAUCAGAAAUGGUGCUCAGACGAAGCAAAGAAGUUUCUUCGUCAUUGUUGGUGACCGGGCUCGUAAUCAACUGCCUAAUUUGCAUUAUUUGAUGAUGAGCGCAGACUUGAAAAUGAACAAGUCGGUGCUUUGGGCGUACAAGAAGAAGCUGCUGGGCUUUACUUCCCACCGCAAGAAGAGAGAAUCUAAAAUUAAGAAAGAAAUCAAGAGAGGUACUCGCGAAGUCAACGAGCAGGAUCCUUUCGAAACUUUCAUCUCCAACCAGAAUAUCAGAUAUGUCUACUACAAGGAAACCGAAAAUAUUUUGGGUAACACGUACGGGAUGUGCAUAUUGCAGGACUUUGAAGCCCUGACGCCAAACCUACUGGCAAGAACCGUUGAAACUGUUGAAGGUGGUGGAAUUGUCGUUAUUCUACUGAAAUCCAUGUCGUCCUUGAAACAGCUAUACACCAUGUCCAUGGAUGUCCACUCCAGAUACCGCACAGAGGCUCACAACGAUGUAGUGGCACGUUUUAAUGAAAGAUUCAUCCUUUCCUUGGGAUCGAACGAAAACUGCCUGGUCGUGGAUGACGAACUCAACGUACUUCCGAUAUCUGGCGGUAAGAAUGUGCAAUCGCUUCCACCAAAGGACGACCAAGAAACGUCACCUCGAGAACAAGAACUGAAAGAUCUCAAAGAAUCGCUCGAAGACGUACAACCUGCUGGUUCGCUUGUUGCCCUCUCGAAAACAGUAAACCAGGCACAGGCCAUCCUCAACUUCAUCGAUGCAAUCUCUGAGAAAAAACUUAACUCUACGGUAGCUCUCACGGCCGGAAGAGGAAGAGGUAAAUCGGCUGCUCUUGGUAUUGCUAUAUCUGCUGCCGUGUCGCAUGGUUACUCUAAUAUUUUCGUAACAUCUCCGUCGCCAGAAAAUUUGAAAACUCUGUUCGAAUUCAUUUUCAAAGGUUUUGACGCCUUAGGAUAUCAGGAACAUUUGGAUUACGACAUUAUUCAGUCCACCAACCCCAGCUUCAACAAAGCCAUCGUCAGAGUAGACAUUAAAAGGGACCAUCGCCAAACUAUUCAAUAUAUUAUUCCCAAUGAUAGCCAUGUGUUGGGUCAGGCAGAACUUGUGGUGAUAGAUGAAGCAGCCGCAAUUCCUUUGCCGGUGGUCAAAAAUUUAUUGGGACCUUAUCUAGUGUUCAUGGCAUCAACAAUCAAUGGUUACGAAGGUACUGGUAGGUCCCUCUCGCUAAAGUUGAUUCAGCAACUAAGAGAUCAAGCCAACUCCACUGGCAGGGAGUCAUCGGAAACAACAGUUGUUUCUCGUGAUAGUAGAAAAGCUGAACAGCAUGUGUCAGGUCGCACAUUGAGAGAAGUGGUCUUGGAUGAACCAAUCAGAUAUUCUCCAGGAGAUCCGAUGGAAAAGUGGCUAAAUAAGCUGCUUUGCUUGGAUGUAACACUGAUUAAGAAUCCUCGUUUUGCUGCCAGAGGAACUCCUCACCCUUCUGAGUGUAACCUCUUCUUAGUGAAUAGGGACACUCUUUUCUCAUACCAUCCGGUUUCGGAAUCUUUCUUAGAGAAGAUGAUGGCCCUGUACGUGGCUUCCCAUUACAAAAACUCGCCAAAUGAUUUGCAGCUGAUGAGUGACGCUCCUGCGCAUCAGCUUUUCGUUCUGCUUCCUCCAAUAAACCCUAAAGAUGGUAUAAGAAUUCCAGAUCCAUUGGUUGUCGUUCAAGUUGCACUAGAAGGUGAGAUUUCGAAGGAGAGCGUCAGAAGUUCGUUAUCGCGUGGUCAAAGAGCAGGCGGUGACUUGAUUCCAUGGCUGAUUUCUCAACAAUUCCAGGACGAUGAAUUCCCUGGUCUGAGUGGUGCUCGUGUGGUACGUGUCGCGACGAAUCCUGAGUAUGCUUCUAUGGGGUAUGGUUCGCGAGCCAUCGAAUUAUUGAGAGACUAUUACGAGGGCAAGUUCACUGAUUUAAGCGAGAACUCCGUUCCAAAAAUUCAUGAGAUAAAAAGAGUUGAUGAUAGAGAACUCGCCAAAGCCAGUUUGCUCAAGGACGACGUGAAAUUAAGAGAUGCAAAGACACUACCACCUUUGCUAUUAAAACUUUCAGAGCUAGCGCCACAAUACCUACACUACUUGGGUGUUUCUUAUGGGCUGACAGGUCCUUUGCAUAAAUUCUGGAAAAGAAACAAUUUUAUUCCAGUCUACCUACGCCAAACGGCCAAUGAUCUCACCGGUGAGCAUACUUGCGUGAUGCUGAAUGUAUUAGAGGGAAGAGAAUCUCACUGGCUAUCAGAAUAUGCCAAGGAUUUCCGCAAAAGAUUCUUGUCCCUUCUAUCCUACGAUUUCAGGAAGUUUACCGCUGUUCAAGCGCUAAACGUCAUCGAGAGCGCUAAGAAGGCGCAAGAGCUGAAUGCUGAAAGUAAUCUUGAAACCAGUUUGACAAAAGAAUACCUUGACUCCAUUCUAUCACCUUUCGAUAUCAAGAGACUUGACAGCUACGCGAACAACUUGUUGGACUACCACGUUAUCGUCGACAUGCUGCCAAUGCUCGCAGCUCUUCAUUUCAGUGGCAAGAGUGGCCAAGGCGUGAACCUGUCGAGUGUGCAAGGCGCGAUUUUACUGGCCGUCGGAUUGCAACACAAGAGCCUGGAUGACAUUUCUAAAGAGCUGAACUUGCCCUUCAACCAAACUAUCGCUAUGUUUGCCAAGAUCAUUCGCAAAUUCUCGGUUUAUUUCCGCGAGGUUCUGAGUGCAUCUAUCGAGCAGACUUUACCCGAACUGAAAGACGCAGAAGUUGAGGAAAUGAACGGGCACGAAGUCCAAGCUUUGGACGCCGCGGCGGCAUUCGACAAAAUGGACGACGAACUCGAAGAAGCAGGUACCCGUGCGAACGCCGAACUUCGUGACAAGCAGCGUCAACUGAUCAACAAUUUGAAUCUAGACAAAUACGCUAUCGACGACAACACAGAAGAAUGGGCUGAGUCUAAAAAGGACCUGGAUCGUGCUGCCAAGGCUAACGGCACUGCUGCUGUGAAAUCCAACAAGAAGAGAAAGACAGAAAAUUCUCAGGAGAUCUACAAUGAAGAGAUGAAAGCUUUGAAAAAGGCAAAAAGGAAAACUAAGAAAUAA